AUGUGCGAACGGUUUUUGUUUUUAUUAUUUUUGUCGACGAAGGUGGUGAUUUUGUUAAUUCACGCUUCCGUGGAUUAUUAUGACGUUCUCGGCGUUCCACGAAGUGCGAAGACGUCGGAAAUAAAGAAAGCAUUCAGGAAACUCGCGAUGAAGUACCAUCCGGAUAAGAACAAGGACCCUGGGGCGUCAAAGAAGUUCCAGGAAAUCGCGGAAGCUUAUGAAGUACUAGGAGAUGAGGAAAAAAGAAAAAAUUAUGAUAUGGGUGGUGCAUCGUUUCAAUAUCAACAUGCCAACAAUUUUGAUUUCGAUAAAUUUUAUAAAAAUUUCCAAGAAAGUAUGAAAGCACAUAAUGAAGCACAUAAAUCGGCACAUAGACGAGCACAUAGUUUUUCUACCGGUGGUCUUUUCGAUGAUCUUUGGGAUGAUUUCGAUCUUUUUGGUGAUUUUGAUUUUAAUGGUUUUGGCAGUCAUUUUCACAGUUUUGACUUUGGAAGCAGUGAUCGAGAAGAUAUCUUUGAACCUGCGGCAAAAUAUCAAGAAGUUUACAACGGGCGUGGUUUGUUUUUAUCGUCCUUUGUAUUGUAUUUUAGGAUAGUUCUCUAA